UUGAUUGAUUUCCUAUUUGUUUUGAACUCGAAUCAUUUCGCAUUUUUUCUCAUCGUAUCAGAAAGAAUAGUCAUACGUAAUUAUGUGGGACGAGGAGACGGAGACGGAGUGUGUCAGCGACGUAGUGAGGCUGACGGCUUGGAAAGCUUCGGAUACCUACGGGGUCCUUUACAAUGAUCUUAUGCAGGAGGUCAAACAUUCUGCGCCGGGCGCUAGGCUCUCGGCACGGCUGAGAACAGCACUUGAAAGACUAUCCCCCGACGACCGGCGCCUCCUCUGCUCCCGUACUCGCGACGGCUGCGCCCCGCUCUUCAUAGCCUGCCGGCGCGGCAACCUGGAGGCGGUGGAGUACCUCGUCCACGUGUGCAACGCGGAUCUGGAGCAGCGCGGCGUUUACGAGGUCCCAGACGAGCGCUCAGUCCACUGCGUGACAGCGCUCUGGUGCGCCGCAGUGGCCGGUCACCUACCCGUGCUCCGGGCUUUGGCAGACGCUGGCGCCAAACUAGAUGCUGGCUCGGACUCCGGGUCCACCCCCGUCAGGAGCGCCUGCUUCAUGACGCACCUCGACAUAGUCAAAUUCUUAGUUGAACGCGGUGCCGACAUACACCGUCCGAAUCACAAUGGCGGGACGUGUCUCAUCAAUUCUGUACAGUCGUUGCGGUUAUGCACGUAUCUCAUCGACCAUGGAGCGGAGGUCGAUGCAACAGACAUGCAACACAAAACCGCCCUGCACUAUGCGAUCCAAGAGCACCGCUUAGAAACAGCGCGUCUACUGCUAGCGAGAGGCGCCGACCCGCGCCUCACUUCUCGAGCCGGAGACGACGCGUUACGUACUGCCGCUCUGAAGGGAGCUAGUCAGGUGGUGGCACUGUUAGCGGCGCGCGUCCGCUACGGUCCCUCGCGUCUCGCCGACGCAUACGAAUUGUUAGGAGCCACUCAACUGGACGAAUUCAACGAUGUAUCCGCCUGUCUAGCUGCUUGGAGACGAGCUACCGCACUUAGGCACGCUACGGGACAAUACGUGCCUAAAGUACCUGAACAGGUAACCCCUUGUCUAGUUUAUGUAUAUGAGUUGUUAGGAGCCACUCAAUUGGACGAAUUCAACGAUGUGUCCGCCUGUCUGGCGGCUUGGAGACGAGCGACUGCACUUAGGCACGCUACGGGACAAUACGUGCCUAAAGUACCUGAACAGGAGCCGCGUAAAGCCCUGCUAUACAUGCGCGAAUGGCGCACUAUGGCAGAGCUAGAAGCGUGCGCGGCCGACGCUGACACUCUGCGCAUACAGGCCCUGCUGGUGUGCUGCCGCGUGUUGGGCAAGGAGCACAAGGAACACGUCUUCAGACUUAUGUACCGUGGAGCAUCUUAUGCGGACUCUUUUCGGUACCAGCGCUGCAUCGACCUGUGGACGUGGGCUCUCGAAAUACGGCUCGAGAAGGACUCCAUUCUCUACCCUGAUACAUGCCACACAGCGUGCGCUUUGACGCGGUUGCUGCUCGACGCACGCGGCGCGCUGCCCGCACAGCCACAUGAAGAUGUGGUACACAUUGCCGAGCUGCUGAUGAACGCGUUACCUGAGGCCCGCGAGUGGCUCGUGCCGCGUCCCGUGUUCAAGAAACAAGUGGACACGUUCGACCGCGCGCUACGCUGCCUCGCGCACCUGCUGCACCUGAUGCUGGACACCGCCACUACCGAUGAAGAGCGGGCCCGCGAGUGGCUCGUGCCGCGUCCCGUGUUCAAGAAACAAGCGGACACGUUCGACCGCGCGCUACGCUGCCUCGCGCACCUCCUGCACCUGAUGCUGGACACCGCCACUACCGAUGAAGAGCGGACACUUGUGAGUACAUGUUGUGUUAUACAGAGGCCCGCGAGUGGCUCGUGCCGCGUCCCGUGUUCAAGAAACAAGCGGACACAUUCGACCGCGCGCUACGCUGCCUCGCGCACCUCCUGCACCGCCCGCGAGUGGCUCGUGCCGCGUCCCGUGUUCAAGAAACAAGCGGACACAUUCGACCGCGCGCUACGCUGCCUCGCGCACCUGCUGCACCUGAUGCUGGACACCGCCCGCGAGUGGCUCGUGCCGCGUCCCGUGUUCAAGAAACAAGCGGACACGUUCGACCGCGCGCUACGCUGCCUCGCGCACCUGCUGCACCUGAUGCUGGACACCGCCACUACCGAUGAAGAACGGACACUUGUACACCGUCGAAUGCGUCGCGUAGUCGAACUCCAACUCCGCUCAGCACACACCUGCGACACGCUCCUCCACCUCUCCGUAUCUCGGCUGACUGUGAUUCGUUCCUCUUAUUGUGGGGAGGAAGCAGGCGCCCUGUUCCCUAGCGCGAGUCUGGCUAGGGCGUUACUGGCUGCAGGAGCGGACCCGCUGCGGCGCAACACGGCGCGCUGCACCGCGCUGCACGUGGCCGUGCUACCUUACAACUUCAGCUCGGCGCUGGUGGAGGCGCUGCUGGCGGGCGGCGCGCACCUCGACCAGCCCAACAAGUUCGGCGACUCGGCGCGCGAGCUGCUCGCGCUCAACGCGGCCAGCGCCGUGCGCCCGCUGCGGCACGUCACGCUGGCCUGUCUGGCCGCCAGGGCUCUGUGCAGGCACAAGCCGGGUGCGGUGUUAGACUCACCGAUGAUACCGAGGCAUCUAGUGCAGUUCUUGGAUUUACAUCGCCCUUAGUUUGUUCCAUUUUGUCA